AUGAAGGAGAGGAUUCUCGCUCAUCUAAGCUCUCGAAAAGAUAACCGCUUGGCCUGUAAUGAGGUAGGAUUGCCAGGAAAAUAAUUCAGUUUUUAAAAAAUGAACGUGGAUUCACUGGGUUUAAGGGUUUUUUGUAAUGGUUUAAUUUAGACAUUUCCGGCAUAAUUUUAUAGCUAAAGCGUCGUUGUUAGCUCAUUGCAGUUGAUGUGAAUGUAUGGGUGAGCUAGCAGUCAUAUCCAUUGUCUAUCCACUUUACAUUUAUACCUUAUCUUACCGUUGCAUUAGGUUCUUUUGCGCAGCCUGGUUGCAAGUGAUGAGCUGGGGAAACAUUGCUGCUUUAACAAACUUGUACUUGGCAGCAAGUAUCCUUUAUUGCUGUUCCUUUGAUCUGCGCAUCUCGAAAGCGAGUCGAUGAAUGUUCCGUACUUAUUAUCAUCACAUCGCUGUAGCUUAUCGACGUGGCAUCGUAAAACGAAUGGCUCAGAAUCUACGAGGGUUUCAUAUAUCAUGUAUAGUUACUUUGUAAAACGUCUUGAAGUAACAGAUUUUUACUUUUCUUACGCGAUUAACGCUACUGCAAAGAUUUCAAAGAAACAUAGAAACGCAACUUGAUCCUUAAAUUAAGUUCUAUAAUUUCAUAUCUGUUCGGUUACCGAUCAGUGCAUCAAACGACCCAAACUAAUACAGCAAAACGGUUGCGGAUCGCUCGCUCGCUCGUAAAUUUGUACAAUAUAUGUUAAUUCUGAGCUUUAUCAAGUUAUUGUCUCAUACUAGCUUCGAACUUUUUUACUCAGAGACACCUAAAGACCAUUAUUGUCUUUGUUGUUUUUAUUUCGUGUCGUGGCUCAAUGGUUCGGCCGCUUGCCGUUGCUGCCAUAGCCUUACUGCCAACGUAGUCGGGCUUCUGCCUUUAAGAACUUCAUGCUUGAAGAUUUUAAACUCUCUGUCACGAAUAAUCGAGAGCGUUAGUACUCUUUCUUUGUCAGCAGUCGGUUGAAAAAGUACCAAUUACAGUGAAGCUAUCACGCCAGCCACAUGAGUAAUCGUGGCAAUAUCAUGACAGUAUCAUGUGGCAAAAGACCUCAUAGUCAUUUGGCUGACAGCUCACCGAAUGAAAUGGAAAUUAGUUAGAUUUGGGGCUCAGCUAUAUAUUUUGUUCUGAUCUGUGAAUUCACAACAGCAGGCAGACAGUCAGGUCUCGAUCACAAAAUGCAGUAGUUAUCUUAGUCCUUUCAACCUCAAAAUUCAAUUGUAAUUCAUCUAACAGUGUCUGCCAUUCUUGCGAGGUUACUUGAGAAUUAGACUAACAAUAAACCCUAUUUGACAUUUUUCUUUGUUCCUAUCUCCUUUCUUCUUGAAAAAAAAAAUUGGUGGCCUUGAGGAAAUGUAUUGACAUUCGGCGGAACUAAGCUGUAGGUAGCAUAUAGAGGAAAUGUAAUGGAAAUAAUUUCCUCCAGGCACGAACAAGCUCUUUUGUUAUAGUGGAUGUGAGGUCUGACGGUAAUAAUUUACGCAUCUCAGCUCUCGAACUUUCAGUUUUAAUUAAAACAGGUGAGUUCUUGGUACAUGGACGUUCAAGCAUCUCGUUAAAGUUUUUAUACUCUAAAUUAUGCGUGCAUAGUUAGUAUAUCUUAUCAUAUCAUAGUUAGUGAUCUGUACUUAAUCUUUAACCGAAGGUCGGCGCAACUGCAUUUGGUUGGGAAAUACCUUCCUACUUUACCUGUGGGUUUUUUGGGUUUUCGUAAUAGGCGGGUGUUUGUUUGCCUUGUCCAAGUGUUGUAAACUAUGCUUCGAUUCCCCUUGUUAAAUACAGCUACUUACUUGAGCUUGUAUUUCUGUACUCACACGGACGGCAGUAAAGACUCGGUUCGAGCUGCACACCCAUACAUUUGUCGAUUUUAAGUUGCGAAUAGGAAUAAGCGGUAAUAUUAGCUUUUUUCUCUUCUAGCCAAAAAAUAUAACAAUUAGUCUAUAUAUACUCAUUUGCUUCUUUAACCCAUUCGAUAUUUACCCGUGUUUCAGGCCUUUAAGGUGAUUUCAGAGGCACAAUCAAUGGACAAAAAAAAGUCAUUAAUCCUUCUUGAUCAUUACGCCGAGGUGGAGAGGGAAAUACAGGGUCUUGACGCUACCUUCCUCGAUUUGCUGAAAACAAGCGAGGGCGACGUCCUUUAUAAAAUCAAGACAAGAAUAAAAAGAAUGGAAGACAGAGAUUAUGUUGUUCUUGUAGCAGGUGAAUAUCUUGAAUAUAAUGCGUAACCCAAACUACCGAGGUGCUUUGAUCAUGAUCAUGCAGAGAAACAACGGGUGUAACAGUGACAGAAAGGAGUAUCAAAAAUCUACUUGGCCAGGAUGUUUCUCAGUUUUUUUUUUAAUAAUUUGUUUUAAUAAAACUGUCAAUUAGGGUUUAUCGAAUUCUUAUGCCGGAGAGUCUAUUUAUGUGGCGACUUGUGAGGCUCUGACCUUUAAAACCGGAAAGAUUACGUCGAAUAACUCGAACUCGAGUAUGUGGGCGGAACACUUUAUGACAAUUGUACUUUACUUAUGGUAAAAAUUUCAAACUAAUAUUGAUUGUUUAAGGAAGAACUUGAGAUUUAAGAUUUGAGUAAUGAACAUUUUGCAUUUUACUUACGCUUAGGGGAGACCAGUGCAGGCAAAAGCAGCAUGUUGAACCUAAUUCUUGGUGAAGAGCUUUUACCAUUUUCAGUUCUUAGUACAACAUCUACAAUAUGUGAAUUGAAAUAUGGAAGAGAGAAAAGGAUAAAGAUACACUAUAAGGAAGAAGGAAAGGCUUCGGAGACAAAGUAUCUUACAGAAUCCUCGCCUUACAUAGAUCAAAUAUCAGAAUUUGUUCACGUCAAGUCUGCAAGUUUGAGAGAAAAGGCAUCAAGUUACAAAAAGGUGGAACUGUUUUGGCCUCACAGAUUAUUACAGGUUAGAGAAUCCGACGAUCGUGCUUCAAACCAUACUUUUAUAAAUAUGAUGUAAGGUGACACCUAAAUUUCAGGAACUUUUUUGGAGCUUUAACGCCAAAUGGUGAGAAGAAUUACAUGGAGAAAAUAAACUUACUUACUCUGUUUCCACACUAGGACGGUGUUGUAAUCGUUGACAGCCCUGGCGUCGGGGAGUCUGACAUUAUGGACGAAAUUGUUGUGAACUACUUGCCAAAUGCCUUUGCUUUCAUCUAUGUCAUCAACAGUAGCAAUGCCGGAGGAGUUCAAAGAGAUCGGGUGGGUAAUUAUUGAUACUUUCUGUAGUAGAGCCAAAUCCUUUCAACUCCUCACCAGUGCUCGAUCUAUUUUUUAAACCAUGAUUUUUGUAGAUAGCUCAAAGAGCUCAAAAAGCUAUCUCAUUAAAGCUCUAUGUGUUGAUUGAAUCAAUCUAUACAGCUUGUUUCCUCAUUUGUUAGCUUGUUCGACUUCUGCACAAAACGAGGGAACUCACAAAUGAACAGCAAAUGGAAUUCUCACCAAACUGCACUUUGUUCGUUUGCAAUAAGUGGGACACCAUACCAACCUCAGAGGGAGAUGUGGUCAUAGCGCACAUAAUCAACAAGUUGAGUCAGUGUUUGCCAGAUGUCGACACAAAUACUCAAAUUAUCCGCAUUUCAACUACUAAAGCUCUUGUGGCCCAGAAGUAUGGAGUCAUGAAUUCAGAAUUUGCCUCACUUACAGACAAGAUUGGCUGUUUGGUUUCGAAAAGCAUCGAAACAAGACUUGAACAACAUUGGAGGUAGUUUAGAUCAUUUCUAAAUGUACGUUUAUCAUGAAGCUAUUAUUUAUUAGGCAAAAACCACCUCGUUCAGUCAUGGCCUGUCAUCAACAUUUCUUUCUUUUCAAAAAAAUCACUGCUAUACACGAAAGUAAUUUUACAAGUCUACACUUCUUCCUGAUUGCUUAAACACUCCUCUCAACGGGCCUGCUGCGUCACUUGUGGCAGUUCAAGCCAAAGAAGUUUAAGGCGAAAGAAGUCAAAUCCAAGGGGCAGUAACUGAGGGAUAGAUAGAGACCUACCCCUCUGAAUUUCCAUACAACAAAAAUGCGAAAAUGAUAGAAUAUUGCAACAUUCCUUUCAUGACGUUAUGCCUCUCUACUAGAGCAGCUACUCUCCACCCAUCUCUUGCAAAUAUAUGAGGAAUAGAUGCAUGGACGGCUACCUUAAAAAACCAGGGGCCUUUCCAAAUUUUUCUCAGAGAAAUCGGGAAAAAAUGUGUACCUGUGGUACAGAAUUAAAAAACAUCCAUCUUCCUUGUACGUUCAACUGGUAACUAUAUUUGAUUCUUCCUUAAUUUGUACAGCUGGCUAGAUCUUUUGCUGUCUCGAAUAAUCUGGCUGAUGAGUACAUUAAUAACAAAUAUCUCCACUGACCAUGUGGCUGCAAAAGAUAGAUUAAAUGCUGUGAUAGAGAGGCUGAAGAAACUUCAAGCGGAACAGGAGUCAUCGAAGGAGGCAAUGACGCGAUUUCUUGAAACAAGCACUUGUGAGGCCAUCAAAACCUUAAUCGACUACCUUCAGACUUCCCAAGUGAAAGAGAGAUUUUUGCAAGUGGAACUCUGA